GAUAUAUACGCGCGCACAUACAAAGAAGCUGCCAAGUCAGAGGCCAGUGACCAUAUAGUAGUUGAAAGCAAGCUCAAUUAAGGGGGAAAGUGCGGGAAAGCUGACGAAUCGGAAAGCGAUGAUUGUACGAGCUUGAGCGACGAAAAGUCUACGUAGAAUGAUAGGGAAUAGUUGAUAGACUAGCAGCUUCGUAGACGCAGUCUCCAGAUGAGGGUAACAACAAGCUGGAAUAGAAGCGGUUACUUGCUGCUGGCAACGUUUGCUUCUAGAGCCGCUUGCAGAUGCAGGUGCAGUCUCGUACGUUUAGUAGUCAUGACUUUUCCCUGCAUAGGACCAAACAGUUUUGACAUGAUUAGUCCGAUCAUAGCGAAAAUUAACCUCAGAAGGCGUGACAGUGCGAACGAGCAGAAAUAUACUAGAAUACUGACCAAUCAUGGUAAGCUUCAUGUCAUGGCAAAGCACCACUUCCCCAACAACGGCCAGCACCGGCUCUGACUCCGCAGCGCAAUCCGGGGGUGUAAGUGCUAAUGUGC